AUGGCUUCCCCAGAUCCUCAACAACGCCCAGUGGAUGGCCGCCGUAACGAUGGUGAGUUGACUUCCAACAUCUCCGACAACUUACCGCAACACGCGCUCACAUCACCACUAGAUUCCUGGGUCGAGAUCGCGUCGCAACCAUCGUCAUCCUCGCUGUCGUCGAUAGCGGAUGAUAUAGUAACUACAGGCCUCCGAGUGGGCAAUAACUCGUACCCUCGAAGACGGAGACGCUCCCAACAGCAAGCACCGAUGCCUGCUUCCUUCAUCGUCAGCCAACCGAAUCCCCCUGCCGGGACGAGCAGUCAGGAUGAAUAUGAUGAGUCCGAGAGCGAGGAGGACAGAGUCAUGACCAGUUCGACAGAAGGGAUUCAUCCGGCAGCCAGUUUGCCCCGUCAACAGACUGCCUUCCGAGGCGGUCUACCGGUGGGCUCGGAGGACGACUCGGAUGAUGAUGAGAAUGCGACUGCUCUCGGUCGCCCGACCGACACGGCCCAGGGGCCCUUCAGGCCGCAGCCGAACGCCUUUUCUCACCCACCAUCUUACAUGAUGCACCGCCACCAUUCCGCCAGUCCAUCUCACCCAUACCAUCCCACCCAAUCCCGGCCAUCUCUGCCGACCCGUUCGCAGACGCGAUCGCAUCGCGCAUCGCACAACUUCAUGUCUCCAGCUCUGCAAGCCGACAACGACGCCGCGCUUCGUGCUUCCCUCACCACCCUCUUGUCAUGCGCUGCCGCUGCCCGUGGCCUUCCCAAGCGGGAAGAGGCAAGCCCGGGUCCUGCUGGCGCCGGCAUAAUGCCUAGUUCCCAGCCCAUGGAGUUCCGCCUUGUGCCAGAGUCUGAACUUAUGGUCGAAGGCCCUUCCGGAGUAGGACUGCCGCUCAACCAGACCAAGACACGACAACCAGCCAGGACCGCUUCCAAUUCCAGCGCGCCAAGCGCUCCGAGAUCUGCCAGUUCUGGCCGUGAACAACAGCAGCAGCAACAGCAAGAUCUUGCCACAGCACAAAGAAGCAAGCGAGGAACCAACACCGCUCAAAGACCAGUGCGCACCACGAAGAAGAGGAGGACAAGCUCACCCUGUCCGGCGGGAGUUGCAUCGGAUAACGAUGCUGCCUCCCCCUUCUUCCUAAGUCCAACCAUGUUGACGUGGGUAGUGAGUGCCGGCGUGGUAGUUCUCGUUUCAGUCGUGGGCUUCGGCGCCGGCUACGUCAUUGGGCGUGAAGUCGGCCGGCAAGAGAGCUGCGGCGCUCUGAGCUUGGCCUCCGCGGGAUCAGCCGCGUCAAACGCCUCUUCGAGCUGCGGCCAGGAGUUUGUGCGGUCUACGACGAGCGGAACGUUGAAGAGGUUUAGAUGGGGGUCGGUUGGGAAGAGUGUCGUUGCUUGA